GAAGAAGAGGAGGAAGAAGCGUGACGUAAGGAUCACAUGACCCAAAUCUCGCGGUUUUUGAAGAUUUUUCGUCUGACGGGUAGCAGCUUAAGACAUGGCCGAGGAACAAGGACGGAAGUGGGACCGAUGCCUAGCUGAUAGCGCUGUAAAGUUAGCCACCGGCCUUGGUGUGGGGAUUGUGUUUUCAGUUCUCUUCUUCAAACGGCGCACAUGGCCAGUGGUGUUUGGCUUGGGUGUGGGGCUGGGCAUGGGCUACUCCAACUGCCAGCAGGACUUCAGGUCACCUUACCUACUCCAUGGCCACAUGGUGAAGGAACAGUAGAAGACUGAUGAGUUGGCUGAUGUAGAAGUUGCUGUCUCGCCCUCAUUAUUUUGGACAGAACUCUGUCUCCCUGCCACCCAAUGUAAUUACUGUGUUAGUCUCAGGGCAGUCGAUAUGUAUAUAUUUAAUAAAACGGUAUUGAAGAAUUUGACAGAAAUAUCCUAAGUUACUUUUGUCAUCUGUGUCAAUAAAGUAUUUGAGUGCUCACAAAUAA